AUGCCGUCGGCGUUGGGAUGGCAGGCGUCGGCGUUCGUCGCGGCCGUGCUCGCGCGCCUCAUCGCCAAGGGCCUUGCUCUGCUCCCGGAGCUCGACGACGCCGCCGCCGGCCACCUCCGGCGCCUCGAGGCCCUCCUCGCGCCCGUAUGGCGUGUCCUCGACGCCGCCGACGCCGGCGCGAUCGACGUCACCCAGCGGCCGCUUCAGGAUCUGCUCGACGCCGCCUGCUCGGCCGACGACGCCCUCGACGACCUCGCCUACGCGGUCCUCCAGAGCGACGUGACGGCAAGGGGCGUCGACGCCAGCGUCGCGUGCGCCCCGGCCGCCGGCGCGGCGAGGAAGCCGCGCAGCCCGCUCAAGUUCCUGCUAUGCUUCAGCCCGCCAAGAAACGCCGUUGGAAGUAGCGGCGGCCAUGGCAGAAGCUCCAAGGGGAAGAUGAGCAGCGUCGAUCUGCGCGGCUUGGCGAUUGCAUUUGAGACGGUGGCGCAAGCUGCGUACAGGUGCACGUCGGCGGCGUACGAGAACGUCGUGCUGCGGAGGAACUAUGCCACGGUGGUUUCAGCAAAAGCAGAGGCAGCGAGAACGGGAGCAGCUGGUCACGAUCAGAUUCAGAGCGACAUAUUCGGGAGAGAAGCUGAGGCGGAGCAGAUCUUGGAGAAGGUGAGGUUCAGCGACGACCCGCAUUACCGCCUGGCCAUCGGCGUCCUCCCUGUCGUCGGCGCCGAGGGCGUCGGCAAGACGGCGCUCGCGCGGUUCGUCUUCCACCACGACGUCGUCAGGGCAGAGUUCGCCGUGCGCAUGUGGGUGCACGUCUCCGGCGAGGUCCAGCUCAAGGAGGAGCUCCUGGUCCAGAUGAUCCAUGGGGUCGCCGGAGGCGGAGAUGGCCGCAAAGUCGAAGACAUCAGGGAGCUUCUGCGCCAGGAGUUGGCCGGCAAGAGGUUCCUGCUCGUGCUCGACGAUGUCAGCGACGUCGGCGACGUCCAGUGGAAAGAUCUCACGAGGCUUCUCCAACCUGCAGCUCGGAGGAGCUUAAUCAUGGUGACAACUCAAUCUGACAAUGCAGCGAAUGGAAUAGGGACGAUGCCUGCAUUACCACUGAAGUCCUUGGCAUCCAAGGAUUACCAGAAGAUGUUCAGGCACUUGGCAUUCGGCAGCACUGACGAGUCUGAAGAUUACACUCCACUGGGCGACGAGUGGGACGACGUCGAAGCCGCCGACGACGACGAGGAAGAGGCGCAGUCGCCAAUGGAGACAGUCGCGUCGGAGCUAGCUAAGAGGAUGGGCGGCCUGCCAUUACCGGCGACGGCGAUCGCACGCUCACUGUGUCUCCGGCGAGAGGAGGACCACUGGAAAGCCGUGCUGGAUGACAAGCUCUGGGAGCAGAGCAGGAGAGACGCCGGCGCCGGCGUCUCGCCGGCGUUGUGGCUGAGCUACCAGCACCUCGACCCCCGCCUCAAGCAAUGCUUUGCGUAUUCCGCCGUGUUUCCACGCAGCCAUGUCUUCACCAAGGAUGAACUGGUUCAGAUGUGGGUAGCACAGGGGAUGAUAUAUCCCGACGAUGCCGCGGCGAGCCCCGACGACAUUGGAGGCAAGUUCUUCGAUGAUUUGGUCGAGAGAUGCUUCUUUCAGCCAAUUGGAAGUAGCAGCAGAUAUGUGGUGCAUAAUUCGAUGAAAAAACUAGCACAGGCAGUGUCAGCAAACCAGUUCUUCGCGGUCACUGAAAACUCAGGGGAGGUGCCACCAGAAGUUCGUCACCUCACAAUCGUGACAAACAACCUCACGAAGCUGAAAGGCGAUCUGGCAUUGAGGACAUCUCAUUCAUCUGGGGCAGAUCAACACUUCCUUCGUCGGGUCCGUACAAUUAUGUUCUUUGCGGAUUUCAGUAAUUCGGACGAAUUUAUUCAACUUCUAGCUGAGAUUUUCACGGUUGCAAGGAGUAUGAGAGUUCUUGGUCUGACAUACGCAAAUAUAGCAUUUCUACCUGCUGAGAUCGGUCUUCUCCGACGCCUCCGGUAUCUGAAUUUAUCCAGGAACAGAAUAGCAGAUCUUCCCGAGUCAGUCUGCGAUCUUUAUCUCCUACAGGUUCUGGAUGUCAGCUCCAGUUCUCCUUAUCUCCGUCCUCCCAAUGGUAUCUCGAAUCUGAUUCAUCUGAGGCAUUUGCAUGGAAGUGAGCAUUUUCUUUCUGACAUAACAAAAAUACAGAAUCUCUCACAUUUGCAAGAACUGGAGGUGUACAACGUUAGCAGCAUUUCGCGCAUCGAUGCUUUACAGGGAAUGACACAGCUCCGAGGUGCCCUUUGUCUUGGCCAUCUCCAUCAGGUUGAUGUUGGUGAGGUAAGCAAGGGCAUCUUGAAAGGUAUGCAGCAUCUGAAGAGAUUAGAACUGUCAUGGAGCAGCUGUGAUGGCCAAAGCAGAGAGGUUUCCACAGAUGAAGGCCUACUUGAGUGCUUGCAACCACAUGAGAACCUGAAAGAUCUGAGGAUUACAGGCUAUGCAGCCACGAAAUGCCCACCAUGGAUGCUAAAAACUCCCUGUUCACUAUCAAAUGCUACUUCAGUGAUCUUGACAGAUUGCACGAACCUGAAGAGUCUCCCACCAUUGCACAUCCUGCCUUGCCUAGAGAUUCUUGAGAUGAGAAGGAUGCAUUCUGUCAACAAGGUGGCGACUGUUCCUCAACGGCCAGAUCGCAUCAUGUUCCCCAAGCUGAAACGCCUUGUUAUCGAAGAUGCGUUGGACUGUACUGAAUGGUUGACAGACAGCUCAAAACCAAGAAACACUGUGUUCCCCAGCCUCUGCGAAAUCCAGAUAAGAAACUGCCCAAAGCUGAGAAAACUUCCGGACCUUCCACUUACGCUGACAACAAUGUUCAUCGAGGAUGUUGGUCUCGAAGCUCUACCGAGGAUACAGGACUGGAAUUCAUCACCACCAUCGUCGUCAGAUGCAAUUGCAACAUCAAAAGAAGGCAGAUGGACAUCAAGGCUCACAACACUUGAAAUACAUCAGUGCCACAGUCUCAAAUCGCUAGGAUCUGGUCUGCUCCAGCAGCAGCAACUCCUAAGGUCCCUGGAGCUCCUGUCAAUCAAGAACUGCGACAGCGUCACAUGCGACCUCACCGACGGUUUCCAGGACCUGACUGCACUGACAGACCUCUCGCUGUACGACUGUCCGAAUCUGCUGGUCGACAAGUUCCACACAUCGCUGCGGAAGCUCCAGAUCAACGAGUGCUUCAUCGCGCAGGGGGCGUGGGUGGAUGACUACCCCUUCCUGUUCUCUGUAUGGACGCUGCAGAUCACCAGCUGCUGCCAUGUUAGCACUCACCAGGAGAGGAGGAUCGAGCCUCUGGAUUGGCUCAACUGCCUGUUCAACGUGUGCAGCCUUCACCUGGAGAACACGCUGCUUCUGAAAUUGAGCAUGUUUGACAGGCUUCACUCUCUUGAGACCCUAGAGAUCGACGGGAGUCGCUCAUUCUUCGGUGAUUUGGAGGAGGGAUUUGAGUGGCUUGAGAAGCUGCAAACUCUGAGCAUUAAAAACUGCAACGAGUUGCGUAUGCUUCCGGCGAAUUUGUGCACUCUGCCUGUGCUGGAAGAACUCUGCAUAGAGAACUGCCCGGCUUUGGAGGCAUUGCCUGCGAGUGGUCUGCCUAGUUCGCUGAAGAGGUUGUCAAUAUCAAAAUGCAGCUCACGGUUGACUCAACGAUGUCUUGAUGGUGAACUUGGUGGCUCGAAAGUUACAAAGGUUGGUGUUGUUUACGUUGAUGGGCAAUGUAUUAGUUUUCAACAAAAAUAAUGUAAUAACCAGUUUUGUAGUUCAUGAAUUUCAAUUAGGUAAGUUUCAUCAUUGUGGACCAAAUUAUGUAACAUUUAUGUCAACAAAAUAUGUAUAAUAAGAGUAUGAACUAGGAAAACCACCUCCACUUCAAACAAACCAGCAAAAAUAUGUACGUUGAGUAUA